GCGCCGCGUCAGCUUCGAACUUCGAGUGUACCAGAUCGUGACCGUGUCUCUGCGAAAGAUGUCGGCCCACUUCUUGUUUCAAUCCCGACUCGCCUUUGCCGACAAUAAUGCUGCGGCGCGUCGUGGUCCUUCUCUCUGCGGUGGUCGCUGCGGCGCCGGGCACGCUCGUUCCAUGCGCGACCAACUGCCUUCGUCUCUCGAAUGGCUCGACCGUCGCGCUUCUUCCGACCAACGCGAGCGCUAUCGACCUCGUGCAGCAAGGUCUCGAGCGCAUCGCCGGCCUCCCGAGCACCGUCCUCGCCCUAAACCUGUCUCGAAAUGCCAUCACGGCAGUCGAUGCGAGUGCCACCCAACUAACGAACCUGGAUCUCAGCUACAACCUUCUCCAAAGCGCAAGCCCGAUCACGCUACCAACGACCCUCACAACAUUGGACCUGAGCUUCAACAACAUGACAAGCCUGGACAACACGACGUUCUAUUGGCCGCAGUUGCCAUCGCUCCAGAGCUUGAAUCUGCGCGGUAAUUCUCUCUCUCGACUCCACAACGUUCAGUUUCCACCGACGCUGACCCGGCUCGACCUCACCAACAACCCGCUGACCUACAUUGGCAUGGACCAAGCGACGUAUGCGGCGCUCUCGUCGCCGCGGGUCGUGAUCCUUAUGGACCGCAACGUUGUCGGCCGAAGCCCCGAGUGCCCGACCGGCGUUGUGGCGCCGCUUCAAAAUUCGAUUCUGGUUUGCAUUGAAGAUGCCAGCGGCGUCAUGAAGGCUGCGCAAGACUACAUGAUGCGGUAUUUGGUUGUCAUUUCGACGGGCACGUUCCUUGUCGUCAUGCUGCUCCUCUACCGCAAGUACCGGACCGCGUACCUCGCGAGCGAAGACGCCGAGUAUCUGCGAGCAACGUGCACGAGCUCCAUUUUGCACGACGACGACGGCCCCACACAAUUUGUGGGACUUCCAACACCGGACGAGAAGCCAACUCGUGACACGGUCGCGGUCUAAGAUCUUGUUUAAUAUUUUAUUUUAUUUUAUUCGACACCAAAUAUACACUAUUUACGGCAACA